AUGGGUACUAUUUCUUCUACUCUCUGGCAUGCUCUGCCUUCUAGUUCAGACCUUUCUCCACCAGCUCCGGGUAUCUACACUGCCAUCCUGGGCUAUUUCCAAUACUUUCCCCUGAUAUCAAUUGUGCAAUGGAUUUUGUCAUGGCAUCCAGCAGGGAAAACAUCCACACAGUCCAUCUUCAACAUCCCAGGCCGAAUUGCCUGGUGUGCCAUGGAGAUAGUUGGCCCUAUCAACUUGAUCUACAACCUAAUCACCCCAUCAGCCCACUCGCCUUCUAUUGCCAACCUCCCAGCAUCCAACAUUGUAGUCGCGUCUCUCUACUGCAUUCACUAUCUCAACCGCGCCAUCAUCUCCCCCUUUAUCUCAGCACCAAGCAUGUCCCCAAUCCACGUCUUCAUCAUGUCUUCAGCAAUGUUAUUCAACUGGUUCAAUUCCUCCUGCCUAAGCGGCUGGUUGCGCGGUUACGCAAUCCCGACUAUCCCAAGAUUUGAUCCAAGCACUACCCCCUCCCCAGUGGCAACUUUCCUCCCAAUCGUAGGCGUCAUCCUCUUCGCAAUUGGAAUGACAGGCAACAUCUACUCUGAAACAGCACUUUUCCGACUCCGCCGAGAAGAAGCCGAAAAACGAACUAAAAAGACAGACGAUGCACAGCCAAAUAAGUUCCACAAAGUCUACGUCAUCCCCCCUCCCCGUGGUGUCUUCCGCUACAUCUUGUAUCCGCACUAUGUCUUUGAGUGGCUGGAGUGGAUUGGUUUCGCUCUUGCCGGAACAGCUGUGGUUCCUUUGUAUGCACUGCCAUCGUCUGGUGCGGCUAUCACUCCUCCCCUUCGUCUUGCCCCUUGGUUGGUCCCUGCUGCUUGGGCAGCUGGGAAACUCGCUGUGCCGCUUCCUCUUCCGGCAGUCAUUUUUGUCGUCAAUGCCGUUACGAAUAUGCUGCCUCAUGCGCGUUGGGGAAGGGUUUGGUAUGUGGAGAAGUUUGGAGAGAAGGCUGUUGCUGGAAGGGGUGCUGCUGUACCUGGGUGUGUGUGGAUGUGA